CCUAUCUACUGAAUUUUCUCGCAAUAAUCUACUGAAAUCUGCACCAUCUGGCAACACCGUGCUGCCCCCUGGACCUGCCGAGAGGAACUGAGGACGUCGCCGAGGCUCAUCUUUCUGCCUUCUGUCUCUCCAUAACACAGGAUGUUUGCCCGCACAGCACAUACUUUAGCGCGCCAUGUGGCCCGUGCCGGCACCAGGGCAUACUCUGAUGCACCCAUGGCCUUCACCUUUGCCUCCCAGAGCCAGGUCUAUUACAACAAUAUCAAUGUGAGGCAAGUGGAUGUCCCUUCCUUCUCUGGGAGCUUCGGCAUCCUUCCCCAACAUGUUCCAUCCCUUGCUGUCCUCAAGCCAGGAGUUUUGACUGUGUUUGAAGAUGCUGGCACCAGCAAGAAAUACUUUGUUAGCUCAGGCAUUGUCACCAUCAAUGAAGAUUCCUCAGUCCAAAUCCUGGCAGAAGAGGCAGCAGCGCUGGAGGACCUUGACCUAGCUGCAGCGCGAGACGUUCUUUCCAAAGCUCAGUCAGCAGCAUCCACGGCGGCCACAGAAGAGGCCAAGGCAGAGGCACUCAUUUCAGUCGAGGUGGCAGAGGAGCUGGUCAAGGCUGUUGAGUCUGGUUAGCAGUUCAGCAAUCCUCUUACACAAGAUAAAUUAAUAAGGAGGCAGAAGAGAUAAAGUAAUUAUUGUACUACAGUGCCACCACCUGCCCUUGCACUUCUUAGCAGUGGUUUGGUAUGUUUGUCAUUAGUUUUUGUCCUUUUAAAAAUUUACUCAAUUUAAUUCAUUCCAAUGUUGCCAGGAAAACUUGUGAGAACUUUCAGUUGUCCCAAAACAAGGAAGCAUAAGAAUACUAACUGUAUAAACUCUGAAGUACAUGAAAGUGAAGGAAGGAUCAAGAACCUUUAGCACUGCUUCUGUUCUUGUUUACAUUUAUCACCUGUAGUGCUUUCUUCUAAUAGUUAUGCUGUAAAGUAACUCAGUCAUUCAUGUUUUAUCUUCUCCAAACCUAAAGAAAAUCUUGGAUGUUUAGCUAUGUCAUAAAGAUAAACAUAAAAAUGUUUAUAUAGCAUACUGAUGGAGGAAAAUUUUUUAUAAUUAUGCUGCUGAGUGAGAACAGAAAAGCAAAACCCAGUGACCCAACAAUUAUUUCCUAAUGUUUUGAGGUGUGGGCCUGUGGUGGCAGCACCUGCUCUUCAUGUACAAGUUGUACACAGUGGCCAUGCCCUCAUUCCACUCAUAAACAACCUAUACUUCUGGGGCAAAACUAAAGGAAGGGCACUUCUGUUCCAUCAGCCACCCCACCUGUGUGUAUGGCAAUGUAUUGUGCAUGUAAAGCCUGUAAAUAAAAUAGUAAGGUUUGA